AUGAAUUCGACAGGUGUAAAUGAUUCCGACGGUGGGAAAAUAGUCGAAAAAAAUACAAUCAAGAUCGAAUUAAUGAAAAAUGGAAAUGCCGAUACAGUACCUGAAGAACCUGCAACUAAAAGUGUUAGACGUUGGUUCGUUGUUUUAGCUAGUUUUACAUGUAACGGCCUUAUUUUCGGUUUAAUUAAUUCAGUUAGUGUUAUUUAUAAUGAAUUGCAAAAAAAUUUAGAAAAUGAUGGAGUUGAUAAUGCAGCGACUAAAGCAGUUUCAUGUGUUUGA